UACCCGCUAUUGACUUAAAGGGACGAGCUUGUUAUCAAUGACCCAGCUACUUUAUACCUUACCUGUAUUCUCACCUGAGUUGCAAGAAGUGAAAGAAGGGUGCACAUACUUGGGAGAAGAAAUAUAGAAGGAAGGAAGAGAAGAACUUUUGCCGGCCCUCGAGAUCUUGAGAGAGUUUCUCCAUAUAGCUGUAAUUGAAGAGUUAAUUGAGAGAUUGACUUGCGAACGUUCAGCUGAUGAUGUUGCACUGAUGUAUAAUGAAACAUGAGGACUUCAGAGGAAUUUCGGAUUAUCUACCCUGUUUCUUUCAUGGGAGUAUGUCUUCAAAGCGAAAAAAUACUCCAACCAAACUGCCAAAAGACAGCACUAGUGAAGUAGACAGUGACAGUGACACAGAGACCAGUCUGCACAUAGUGACCAAAUCUGACAGUGAGAAUCAGGACUCAGACUCAUCCAGCAGCCGACCUGCGAGCAAGAAACAACGAAUCCUCCAGAGCGUAAGGCGAGAUUCGGACUCAGAGACCGAGCUCGAUCUGCUGUCUCCCCAUCAACUUCAUCAUCACCUCUCAACAAAGUCCAGCCUGGGACUGCAGCGUAAAUCCAUGGAAAGUGUUCUACGACGACUGAGCUCCAAGACGGACAUUGGCGAGCUCGAGAACAACAACAUGAACGAGGACAGUAAAGUGAAGGAGAGCAUUCAGGUGUUGCUGAGUGACGGCAGUCUCACGGAGAAGGAGCAGAGACUCAGUGAGAUGAUUGCUCAACUCCAGAACCUGAAGGAAAAUCUGUCCACACAAAAACAGAGUUCCAUAAAUCACACAGAAGACAAGAAAAUGCCAAUCUCUGGCAGUGAAAACAAUAUCUCCCAUGCAUCAUCCAAAAGCUCAUCCCCCAUCAGUAUGGACAGUCGACCACAGCAGCUGUCUCCAGUUCUCUCCCCUUACCACCAUGGCUCCCCACGAUCUCAACCCUCACCCAACCUCCGAAAGGGGAGCCCACCCACCGCCACCUCCCCCCACAGCUGGGGUGGCCCCCUGAAUCAGGAAAUCCCUCUCAAUCUGACCAAACCCAGGGGAUUCAAAAUUGAAAAAAUGGAGGAAUUUUUCUGUUCGCCCGAGAAACAUGAAGAUCGCAACACCAAGACACCACCUCCAGCCCACGCUCACAGCAAACGUCAAGUGGCCUCUCCGGUCACCACCCCCACCUCAGAGAUCGGGCCGUUCGGAUCAGGAAUCCGACUGCCGCUGGGUUUUCCACAGUAUCCCUUUAUGAUGGCCAAUCCAAUGGUCACAUCAAUGCUGAGUGGAAUGAGUCAUCAUGGAAUGAUGAACGGAAAAUCACAUCCAGAUCUCGACAAGGAGUCGAUGGUGCAGGAGGUGUUGGCGCGUCAGCUGUCUCAUUCAAUGACCGGCCCUGUGUUCCCGGGGCUGCCCCUCCCUCUUUACUCCCACGCUGCUAUGUCCUCCAUCCCUCAAAUGUCUGCCAUGAAGGAGCGGUCAGAGAGCUCAGCAGAAGACAGCCAAUCAGGAAAAAUGUUCGGUGCUAAAAUAAUCCGUUCCCAGAAAGAAAAGAAUGAAGCAGGCAAACCCCAUAUUAAGAGACCAAUGAAUGCAUUUAUGGUGUGGGCCAGAGAGGAAAGAAGGAAGAUCCUGAAAGCAUGUCCAGAUAUGCACAAUUCUAACAUCAGCAAAAUCUUAGGUGCCAAAUGGAAAGCCAUGACCAAUGCAGAGAAACAGCCAUACUAUGAAGAACAAAGCCGGCUCAGCAAACUUCACAUGGAAAAGCAUCCUGAUUACCGCUACAGGCCUCGUCCCAAACGUACCUGUAUUGUGGAUGGUAAAAAGCUGAGGAUAUCCGAAUACAAGGCUCUGAUGAGGUCCCGCAGACAGGAUAUUCGUCGAGUCUGGUAUGGGGAUUCCCACACCACUUACGUGGAAGGACUCAUGGGCGAAAAUGGCACUUCUUCCUCCUAUGAUCCUUCAAGACCCUCUCUCCAUCCCAAUGGGAUCCACACAAGUGCAAACGGUUCGUCCGUCAAUGGCUUCCCUGGCAACAAGGAGGAUGACCUAGAUAAUUGCAGUGAUGAAGAACUCAGUGAUAUGAUGGACCAAUCGUCAGACAACAGCCUCGAUUCCAACUUGCUAAAGAACAUUCAGCCCCUGAAGCGAUGUCACAUAUUGAGCCAGUAUAGAUAUGCCUCCUCCAGCACAUUCAAGCUGACUACCUCCCCAAAGCCGAAGCCGGAUGAUCCGGACAGCGUGGCGUUUGGUCAUUGCUUCAGUGACCACAUGAUGGAGGUUAGCUGGUCAGCCAGCAGUGGCUGGGGGAAGCCCCAGAUAUCCCCAGUACACAACCUCAACCUCCAUCCAGGUGCCAAAUGUUUCCACUAUGCCACGGAGCUUUUUGAAGGAAUGAAGGCUUACAAAACAACGGAUGGAAGGGUGAAUCUAUUUCGGCCGACGGAGAACAUGGCCCGAAUGUUGAGCUCAGCCACGCGGUCCUCACUUCCUACUUUUGAUGGAAAUGAACUCAUCGAGUGCAUCAAAAAAUUGGUUAGCAUUGAAAAAGACUGGGUACCCAACUCUAAUAAGGCUUCCCUCUACAUCAGACCCACUCUGAUAGGAACAGAGGGCGUGUUACGAGUAGAUGCCCCUAAGGAGGCCCUGCUGUUUGUGUUGGUUGGUCCAGUGGGAGCGUACUACCCCACCGGACUCAAACCAGUAUCCCUGUUGGCUGACCCAAAAUAUGUCCGAGCGUGGCCGGGAGGAAGUGGAAACUUUAAGAUGGGAUGUAAUUAUGCCCCCACCAUGUUUAUCCAGCAGGAAGCAGCGGCCAAGGGCUGUCAGCAGGUACUCUGGCUGUUCGGGGAGGAGGAACAGAUCACCGAGGUCGGAGCCAUGAAUCUGUUCAUGUUCUGGACCAAUGAGCAAGGAGAGGAUGAGUUGGUGACAUGUCCCCUGAAUGGGUUGGUGUUGCCGGGGGUGACCAGAAAAAGUUUGCUGGAGCUGGCCAAAUCAUGGGGAGAAUUCAAGGUGUCAGAGCGAGAAUACACUAUGAAAGAUUUAGUCAAAGGAUUGAAUGAAAACAGGGUGAAGGAGUUCUUUGGAGCAGGCACAGCCUGUGUUGUUUGUCCUGUGGAGAAGAUUCUGUACAAAUCUCAAUGGCUAGACAUUCCUACCAUGUCAAAAGGAGCUCCACUCACAAUGAGAAUGUACAAUGCACUGCUAGACAUACAGUAUGGAAGAGUGAAACAUGAAUGGUCAGUCCCUGUGGAGUAGUGGAGACUGUGGCCUGAUUCGACAGAUACAGAUUCAGUGAAAGAUGAAAAGUCACAAUCCACUGACUGAAGAAUGGCUUUUAUUUCUCCUCAGGAAAGUUGAUCUUACAAGUAGUCAUAGUCUCAGUAUUAUUUUGAUUUGUGUCAGACGCAGACUUAUAGUAACAAAAAAAAAAAAACGGCAAAAUUAAAAAAGGUUUGGGGAAUUGUUUUACGUUUCCUGUACGUGUACUUAAUUGUAUUUUUGGUAAAACAUGUAAACAUAAAUGAUAAUUUACUCAGUAUGUUGGCUUGGUGACCACUGUAUAUAGAAGCAGUGCAUCUGUGAUAUUUGAGUCUGUUUUUUUAUUAAUUAAGUGCAUAUAAUAUCUGAUUAUUUUUUAUUUUUCUGUGUUAUUCGUCGGAUUUCUUGCACCGUGUUUUCUGGUCAUAUUUAUAACACCGAGUGAUAGAUCAUUUUGUUUAAAACAACAAUAUACAUCGAUCACUGUAACAUUUGUGUGUGCUAGCCAUUGAGAGAGAGGAGUUGAAGCUAAGUAUAUUGCCAUGACUGAAAUGAAUAGUGUGUACCGUGUUUCUAGAUCAUGAAUAACCCCUAAUUAAUAAAAACGAAUCAUACAUGAAUCAUUAACAUGAUUUUAUGGAAGAUAAUUACUGUAUUUUUGUUGGUUCAUUGUCUGAAAUCCUUUGGUCUCUUUGUCUUUUCGUCUUUUCUGAUCUAAGGAAACACUAAAUUCAUCAGAUAAAAAAGAAUAAAUCUGGAUAAAUAUUUUCAAUAAAAUGAUUGUUUUUUGUCUUAAUACCCACAACCCAUUUUUUUUUUCAGGUUAGAAUAGGACACACUAUUUAUUAGGUUUGUUUGUGAAUGAAAGAUCCAUGAGAGUAAAUAAUUUUUAAAUGCUCUCUUUUAUUUUGAGGAUUUUUCUAUGAACAGUUUUUAUGAAAUUAUUAAACUUGCAAAAGUUGGGAAGUAAUUGUCCUUUGCCAAUGCUCUUAGGAAUUGGAUUCUGAAAGCUGCUUUAUUUUUUAAUUAAUUUUUUAUUUGUUUGGAGAAAAUCACAUUGGAUCGCAAAACCUUUGAUAUUGUGUUGAAAAUAGUAGUCAGUUUUAAACCACUUUAAAAAAUUCAUCAAAAUAUGUUUAAUCCAACGGUAGGGAAACCAGUUCUUGUGUAAUUUACACUGCUUUUUAUUUUUCAAUUUUAAUGUUGUGUGAAUCAACAUUCCUUUAAAA